UCUGCUUUACAACCUGCUCCCUGCUUUAUAGGCUGAUUGGGAAAGAGCGACGCCCGCAGGUAUUUGCCUUUCAUUUGGCAAUGGCAUCUGCUAAGCUCACACAGGAGUUAUGUUGCUCCAUCUGCCUGGACUUCUACAGAAAACCUGUCAUUCUCCGAUGUGGCCAUAAUUUCUGCCAGGACUGUAUUACAGGAGUGUUCAACACCCAGGAGGAGGAAUCUGCAUUUUAUACCUGCCCCGAAUGCAGGAAACGAUUUAAGGCGAGGCCUUUGCCUGUGAGAAACCUGGCUCUCAGUAAUAUAGCAGAGCUGUACCAGGUUGGCCGACCAAGGCCAGAAGCGACCGGAAUCCUCUGCACUUACUGUAUAGACAUCCCUCAAGCUGCAAUUAAGACCUGCCUGCACUGUGACGCCUCCUUAUGUGAACUGCACCUUACAGCACACAGUGCAUCGGAGGAACAUAUCUUACUGGACGCCACCAGUCCCCUCCAGAAUCGGCACUGCCCCAUUCACAGAAAGCUCCUCGCAUAUUACUGUUCUGAGGAUGCUGCCUACUUAUGUGUAUGCUGCUGCCUUUCUGAGGAGCACCGGGGACACCACCUAGAAUGUUUAAAUAAGGCGUCUCAGAUAAAGAAAGCUGAACUAAGUCAAAUUCUAGAGCACUUGGGUCUCCUGAAAGCAAAGAAAAACCUGGUGAACCUGAACCUUAUUCGCCACAGCAGGAAGGUAGAACAGGAGAGUGCGGUUCUAACCAAGAACGUUGCUUCCCUGUUUGCUGAAAUCAGAGAACAACUUGAGGCUCUAGAACGCCGCAUCCUUAAUGAGAUAACGCUCGAGGAGCAAAAGGUUCUUGUUCCAAUCGGCAAGAUGAUCGGCAAGUUGGAAUCACAGAGAGAUGAACUGACCAGAAAAAUGAAUUCCAUAGAGGAGCUGUGCAAUAAUACUGACCCCCUGGCUGUGUUACGGGAGCAGGAAUUGGGCAGGGCAUUGGAUAAUGAAGAAGAUAAUGACGAUGAUGAUGAUGAUGAUGAUGAUGAUAGGUAUAGCAAGUAUCUGAUAGCAUCAAGUCACCUAGAUCGGCUGCUUCUGUCUGUAAGAAUACAGAAAGGCCUAGAGCGAUUUGUUGCUAGUAUUUCCGACAUUAUGGCCGACAGAUUCACCAAUGUGGAAUGCGUGUCUGAUCUUUUAUUGGACAUCAACACGGCUGGUCAUAACAUUUGUCUGUCAGGUGACCUGAAAACCGCAUCGUACUUAACAGAGAAACAGGAGUGGAGCACCGGUCCUUGCAGGUUCACAACAGCACAAGUUCUGAGUACCACCAGCUUCUCAUCCGGAAACCAUUUCUGGGAGGUGGAGGUUAGUGAAGAUGGCCUUAGGAGUGUAGGGGUGGCCUAUGCCAGCAUCCCCAGGGUAGGGCCGGAAUCCAUUAUAGGUUAUAACAGCCAAUCCUGGAGCCUAACCUGGAUCAAUGACCUGAUUGGAGUAAGUCAUAAUUCUGAGUGCAAGACUGUAUCUAAAAGCUCAACGAUGAGGAACGUUGGAAUCUCCCUAGACUAUGAAGCAGGACUACUGACCUUCUAUCAGCUGUGCGACCCCAUCAGACACCUGCACACCUUCAGCUCCACAUUCACCGAACCUCUUCAUCUCGCCUUCCAUGUCGAAAAAGGCUGGGUGAGAAUAAGCAGCAAAGCAUCCUGGGCUAUUCCAAGUACCGGCAAAUCCAAAGUUGGGGAUCCGUGAGUGUUUCCCGGUGCAACUAAGGCCCCAGUUCCUAAUAAUUUCAGUCAGACAAGCCUAUUUGGGAUGAUGGGAAUGGAAAUACAAAUGCAUUAUUAAAGUAGAUUUUGGUGUUACUUCCCCUUUAAUAACUGUUAAUUCUUACAUAGACAUGAUGCAAGAGUCAGAACACUUUGAGCACUUGUUGAUAGGAACUAUCUUUAGGUUCUUGGGGUAUCUAAACAGGUAUCAGAUGCUCUGGUCUAUUUUAUGUUCAAUGUAUUUUUUGUUUACUUGUGGGUAUUAUCAGUAUUGGAUUGGCCCACAGGAUACCAGAAACCCCCCACCCGUAGGCUAAGGUGAUAGGUGCCCUCCUGUGUCCAUAUAUGCCUAUACUUUGGCCAUUCACCAGUCCCUUUUUCUUUCUGGGGGAUAUGGAGAGAAGGAAAUGUAUGUACAGUUAUAAAGACGGUGAGUCAGGAGAUGGACGGGAGAGUGGGAUUGUGGUGUAAGGGUUUCUGAUGGGCCCCUGGCCCCCAGUCCCACAGUCCCCCAGUCCCCCAGUCCCACACUGAGUGUUAUCUCCAUAAUCCUUUUUUGUUCUUCAUUUUGUUACUUUAUUGUAAAACCCUUGGUGGCUUGUGUGCACUGUAUAAAUAAACAAUAGUGAGCAUAAAAAGCUGUUCCUUUACUUUAAUACUGGAGAUAUAACCUGCUAUAUACAGGCUGAGUUAUACAGGGAACUCUGAGUAUCACUCAUGUAUUAUAAGGGAUAAUGUACCCCCUACUGUAAAUGAUAAGGAUAUUAGCAGUCACUGAGGGGUUCUGUGCCCAUAUAAAGGCACAAGGCUGCAGGCUGAGUUAUACAGGGAACUCUGAGUAUCACUCAUGUAUUAUAAGGGAUAAUGUACCCCCUACUGUAAAUGAUAAGGAUAUUAGCAGUCACUGAGGGGUUCUGUGCCCAUAUAAAGGCACAAGGCUGCAGGCUGAGUUAUACAGGGAACUCUGAGUAUCACUCAUGUAUUAUAAGGGAUAAUGUACCCCCUACUGUAAAUGAUAAGGAUAUUAAAAGUCACAAACAAAAAGUUAAAGUGAAUGAUGUGACACCACAAAGAACCAGAUGCACGGAGUUUGUAUAUAACUAUAAUCACAGGUUACCCAUGCUUUGUGUGUGAGACAUACUCUGUAACAAUAGUGACCAUGAAAGGAGGAUGUCAUUGAAAUCCUGAAUCCUUGUGA